GGCGGGGCCAAGAAACGCACCAAUGCGCAGACUCCGCGGCCGCACGCAGGCGCACAAGGGAGAGGCCACGAGGGCGGGGUCACGAGGGACGGAGGGAGCGUGCGACAGAAGAGGGCCCCAGGCCCGAGUGGCUGAGGUUGGGGCCGCUCCGUCUUUUACGCCUUCGGAAGGAGAUGCGGGUGCCCAUGGCUUUGCAGGGCGUCUCGGUCGUGGAACUGGCCGGCCUGGCCCCGGGCCCGUUCUGCGGUAUGGUCCUGGCGGACUUCGGGGCGCAGGUGGUGCGUGUGGACCGGCCGGGCUCCCGCGGCGACCUGAGCCGUAUGGCCAGGGGCAAGCGCUCGCUGGCCGUGGACCUGAAGCGGCCGCGGGGAGCGGCGGUGUUGCGGUCGCUGUGCGCCCGGGCGGAUGUGAUGCUGGAAUCCUUCCGCCCUGGUGUGAUGGAAAAACUCCAGCUCAGCCCAGAGAUUCUGCAGAAGGAGAAUCCAAAGCUUAUCUAUGCCAGGUUGAGUGGAUUCGGCCAAUCAGGAAGAUUCUCUAGGGUAGCAGGACAUGACAUCAACUACUUGGCUUUGUCAGGUGUUUUAUCAAGAAUUGGCAGGAGUGGUGAGGCUCCGUAUGCCCCGCUGAAUCUCCUGGCUGACUUUGGUGGUGGUGGCCUCAUGUGCACACUGGGCAUCCUGAUGGCGCUGUUUGAACGCACGCGCUCUGGCAAAGGUCAGGUCAUUGAUGCAAACAUGGUGGAAGGAACAGCAUAUCUAGGUUCUUUUCUGUGGAAAACCCAACAAACAGGACUGUGGGAACAGCCUCGUGGACAGAACAUGUUAGAUGGUGGAGCGCCUUUCUACACAACCUACAGGACGGCGGAUGGGGGGUUCAUGGCUGUUGGAGCAUUAGAGCCCCAGUUCUAUGAGCUGCUGCUCAAGGGACUUGGGCUAAAGUCUGAUGAACUUCCCAGUCAGAUGAGCAUAACUGAUUGGCCAGAAAUGAAGAAGAAAUUUGCAGAUAUAUUUGCAAAGAAGACAAAGGCAGAGUGGUGUCAGAUCUUUGACGGCACAGAUGCCUGCGUGACUCCUGUUUUGACUUUUGAAGAGGUUACCCACUGUGGUCACCACAGAGAUCGGGGCUCAUUUAUUAUUGAUAGGGAGCAGGGUGUAAGUCCCCGCCCUGCACCCCAGCUGUCCAACACCCCAGCUGUCCCUUCGUCCAAAAGGGAUCCUUUUGUAGGAGAACACACUGAAGAGAUACUCAAAGAGUUUGGCUUCAGCCAGGAAGAGAUCAGUCAGCUUAAGUCAGAGAAAAUUAUUGAAAGUAAUAAACCAAGAGCUAAUCUCUAAGUUCUAAGCACCACAACUCAAACGAAUUUGAAUAUUGCAUUUACACUAUAGAAUAAUACAAAAAA